AUGGAUGAUGAUAUAGAUUUUGGGUUGUUAUUUUACAGUUGGAAUGCAAAGAAUCCAACUGAUCGGCUCUUCAUUAUAUCUUGUUUUGUUGCCGCUCUUGUUGGAAUAUUGAGCAUAGCCUACACGGCCUUUCAAUGGAGGAGAAACAUCAAUCUAAGUUGGAUGAAAGCCAUAGCUAGAUCUAAAAAAAACCCAAAGGCGAGGCACAAAAUUCCUUUGGCCCCUCAUUCAUGGGAGUUAGAAUCUGGAUCUCGUGCAAAGAAUUUAAACUGCUGUGUAUGUUUUAAAUCCAUAUCACCCUCUCAAACGCUUGGGCCUAUUGUAGCCUCUGAAGGUUUCAUCCACCGUUGCUGUAUUUGUGGUGCUGUGGCUCAUCUAUGCUGUUCCUCUAGUGCCCACAAGGACUGCAAGUGUGUUUCAAUGAUUGGAUACGAGCAUGUCACACACCAGUGGGCUGUUCGUUGGACAGAAGUAACUGACCAACCUGACGAAACUGCUCUCUGUAGUCACUGUGAAGAGCCAUGUGGUGGAACGUUCCUCAGUGGUUCCCCUAUAUGGUCUUGCUUGUGGUGCCAACGUUUAGUACAUGUUGAUUGUCAUAGUACAAUGUCUAAUGAAACGGGUGAUAUUUGUGAUUUGGGUCAAUUUAGAAGAUUGAUACUAUCACCACUGUAUGUGAAGGAAUUAAACUGGAACAUGCCAGGUGGAUUUUUGAGCUCAAUUACUCAUGGGGCAAAUGAGAUAGCGUCUUCAGUUCGGGCAAGUAUUAGGAACCAGAGCAAAAAGUACAAGCAAGAAAAUGAACCGUCAGUUGAAUCUGGGAAUAGUGAGAGCAUUGGUGAAAUGUCCACAGAAAGCACAGGUAAUUCUCAUCAAGUACAGAAUGGUCAUCAUGAAGUGGAUGAAAAAAGUAGCUCAAAUAAGGAGGUUCGACAUCAAGAUAGUGAAGUAGAUAAUAAUAUUGAUAGAAAACCCAGUCUUGGACGCAAUUCAUCAAUCAAUCAGAGGGAUGAAUCCCACACAUUAGGAGUGAAGCAGAAAUAUGAUUUGGUUGAUUUACCUCCAGAUGCAAGACCAUUGUUGGUUUUUAUAAACAAGAAGAGUGGUGCCCAGCGUGGAGACUCACUUAGGACACGUCUGAAUAUUCUUUUAAAUCCUGUUCAGGUGUUUGAAUUGAGCUCAACACAGGGACCAGAAGUGGGAUUGUAUUUGUUUAGAAAGGUGUCUCACUUCAGAGUUCUUGUAUGUGGGGGAGAUGGUACUGUUGGUUGGGUUCUGAAUGCAAUAGACAAGCAAAAUUUUGUUUCCCCUCCCCCAGUUGCUAUUCUUCCCGCUGGUACCGGAAAUGAUCUUGCUAGAGUUCUCUCCUGGGGAGGUGGCAUGGGUCCAGUGGAGAGGCAGGGGGGCCUUAGUAUAUUUUUGCAUCAAAUAGAACAUGCUGCUGUUACUGUUCUUGACAGGUGGAAGGUAACAAUUAGUAAUCCACAAGGAAAGCAACAACUGCAACCCACAAAGUUUAUGAACAAUUAUCUUGGAAUUGGUUGUGAUGCAAAGGUUGCUUUGGACAUUCAUAAUCUGCGUGAAGAAAAUCCAGAUAAGUUUUAUAACCAGUUUAUGAAUAAAGUUCUAUAUGCAAGAGAGGGCGCAAAGAGCAUUAUGGAUAGGACAUUUGUGGAUUUACCUUGGCAGAUUCGCGUUGAAGUGGAUGGAGUUGAAAUUGAGGUCCCCGAGGUGAGUCUGUUCAAGUACCUUGUCACUCUUCUUAGUGUUUAA